GCGGGGCGGCUGCUGAUUGCCCGGCCCAGCGCACGAUCUCUGCUCCUAAUGAAAGAAGAUUGUGAGGAUGGAUUACUGCAGCCAGUCAUCCCUAGUCCCCUGUGGAAAAGACAAAUACAUUUCAAAAAACGAACUGCUGUUGCACUUGAAGACCUACAACUUGUAUUAUGAAGGUCAGAAUUUGCAGCUUCGGUACAGAGAGGAGGAAGGCGAGUUCAUCGUCGAGGGUUUGCUGAACAUCUCCUGGGGCUUGCGCAGGCCCAUCCGGCUGCAGAUGCAGGAUGACAACCAGCGGAUCCGGCCUCCUCCUUCCUCCUCUUCUUGGCACUCUGGCUGCAACCUGGGCGCUCAGGGGUCUGCAGUGAAGCCAAGUAUCAUACCCGAUAUUCAGAUUACAGAUGUUGACACCCCCACGGAUGCUGAUGACUCAGAGAGUGGAACAGAUGUCGGAGACUUAAAACCCCAGCAAGAGGAAACUCCACAGCUGAUGCGAACUCGGAGUGACGUGGGAGUCCGUCGCAGGGGGAAUUUCCGUACUCCAAGUGAACAGCGGCGGAUCAAACGCCAUCGGUUUUCCAUCAACGGGCAUUUCUACAAUCACAAAACAUCUGUGUUCACACCAGCCUAUGGCUCAGUCACUAAUGUCAGGAUAAACAGCACAAUGACCACUUCUCAAGCUCUCAAACUGCUGCUCAAUAAAUUUAAGAUUGAAAACUCGGCUGACGAAUUUGCAUUGUAUAUUGUCCACACCAGCGGAGAAAAACAGAAAUUGAAGGCUACAGAUUAUCCACUGAUUGCCCGCAUUCUGCAAGGGCCGUGUGAACAGGUCUCCAAGGUCUUCCUGAUGGAGAAGGACCAAGUUGAAGAAGUCACCUAUGAUGUUGCUCAGUACAUCAAAUUUGAAAUGCCAGUUCUUAAAAGCUUCAUCCAGAAGCUCCAAGAAGAAGAAGACCGUGAAGUGAAGAAACUUAUGCACAAAUACACAGUCCUCCGGUUAAUGAUAGAACGAAGACUAGAAGAGAUUUCCGAGAGCCCGGCAAUGAUCUAAAGUUCUCCUCAGCGCUGUGCUGCAGCCUUGUAUCGGCGAUCGGUCUCUCUAAGAAUCCCUGUUUACAUGAAGAACAGAAUGA